UAUCAUCAGGCUGGUGAUGCUCUCAUACAGUUAUAUCAUAAUUUCAUCACUGACUUUGAGACCAAGAUCAAUCUUCUCAAGCUCGCACAUUUUGCUGUCAUAGUUUCUCGGCAGUAUCCAGAGAAAGAAGCUGCCAUUAGUUAUCUUGAAGGGGUGAUUGAAAAGCUUCGUGCUACGAGGGAGAUGCGCAUUGAGGAACCAAUCCUUUACAUUAAGAUGCAAAUUGCUAUCUUCAACCUUGAGAAAGGCACCCAAAAAGAGUGCAAGAAACUUCUAGAAGAUGGAAAGAGCACUCUUGACAGCAUGACUGACAUUGAUCCAACUGUGUAUGCUAACUAUUAUUGGGUUUCAUCUCAGUAUUACAAAUCUCGACAGGAAUUUGCUGAAUUUUACAAAAGUGCUCUUCUUUAUCUGGCAUACACAUCAGUGGAGUCUCUAUCAGAAUCAUUUAAGCUGGAUUUGGCAUUUGAUUUAUCCCUGUCUGCUUUGCUUGGAGAAAACAUAUACAACUUUGGGGAACUGCUUGCACAUCCAAUUAUAAAGAGUCUUCUGGGGACAAAGGUUGAAUGGCUCUACUAUAUUCUUGAAGCAUUCAACUCUGGUGAUUUAGUUCGUUACCAAGAAUUGUGCCAAGUGCAUAGAGCUGCUCUGAGUGCUCAACCAGCGCUAGUGGAGAACGAGAAAAAGCUCCUAGAAAAGAUUAACAUUCUCUGUUUGAUGGAAAUCAUCUUCAGUCGACCAUCAGAAGAUAGAACCAUUCCACUGAGUAUCAUUGCAGAACGCACAAAACUUACUGUGGAGGAUGUGGAGUAUCUUCUCAUGAAAAGCCUUUCUGUUCAUCUCAUCGAGGGGAUAAUUGAUCAAGUUGAGGGAACCGUCCACGUUUCAUGGGUGCAACCAAGAGUAUUAGGCGUUCCACAGAUAAAAUCUCUGCGUGAUCGACUGGACAAUUGGGUGGACAAAGUACACACCGCUUUGUUAUCUGUAGAGGCAGAAACACCUGAUCUAGUUGCAUCUUAGUGUUUGUUCCUUGAGUUCCUUCCUGUUCUCUGUAACAAUCGUUUUUUUUAACGCCCAAGAAGAACCAGUAACUGCUGCAAAGAAGAAACAUUGUUAGUUGCUUGGGCCAUCUUUGUAUGCUUCAUUACAUAUUUUGCUUUAAUUAUUUCUUGCAUUAUUUUUUUUUUUGUUUUGAAAGGAUCAGCUUCUCUUGUACUUCUAAUUUUUCAGAUUUACUGUGGCAUGUUGACAGACCCAGUGAGUCGCUUUAAAAACGGCUGUUUCACUCUUUUAGUGGGUUAUUUGUCGAACAAUGUAGUGGAAAUCUUCUGAGAGUUACAUUCUGAUAUCAUCUAUAAUUUGGUGGAUGAAUUGAAUUUC